GUGCGUAUGUUGAUCUGCAGGCAAACGUCAUUACUAUGCCGGCAAAAAAGCACAUUCUUAACUUUGUAAACAGUAAACGAAACGGCACCCGAAACAGAUCGUAACAUCCUUUUCCAUUGCGUACCUUGUGUGUUUAAAUAUUUUUCCGGCACCAUGGACUACAGCAAACGUGUAGAUAUGAUAGCGACUUAUAGCAUACCACCCAGCUAUCAGCCACCGGGCACGGCUCAAGCGCUGGCCAAAAGCACCGACUAUCCGAACAUGAACUCGGUGCAGUACCGUCUUACGGAAGCGGUUCCAUUGGCGGAAAAGAAACUUCCUCCCUUUCUCGAUCUAGCGACCGUUAGCAGUGCGGGAAACGUUAUCAUAGCGGGCAAUAAUUACACCGGUAGGCUCUGGGAAGGUGGCUUCUGUGGUUGGCAAAAGGUGGAAGAACUUUUCCAGGAGGAGAAAAUAAGCUUCAGCAGACGAUGUGACGCGAUCAUAACAGCGCUUAGCUACUCAAUGGACGACGCUUUGUUUAUCGUGGGAGAUGAUAAAGGCUCGAUCGAACUGUGGUCCACGGGGAACGCUAUUAGAGGACCGGGUCUCUAUUUAGUGGAAAAACAGAACCAGCAUAUUGGAGCACUUACGGCACUCGAUACGUUCAAUAGUAUCGAGCGGACCAUAAUUUCUGGCUCCAUGGAUGGUUGCAUCAAGCUGUGGGAUUCCAGUCGGGGCGAUUUGCAAUCGACGAUCACAUUGCAGCUUGCACAUGUCGGUGCAAUUACUUCUGUAGCAACCGAUUCUGAGCAGGAUUCGUUAGCCGUAAGCUGUUCGUACGAUAGGUCAGCAUUGAUGUGGGACUUCCGGGAACCGAAACCGGGCGUGGCGCUGUACGAAAAGCAUGACGUUCCGUUCACUGCCAUCCGGUGGUGCAAUGAAAGUGACUGGAACCGGUUGGUGGCAGUUGGCGAUGAAGCGGGUCGUAUGUACUUUAUCGAUACACGGCAACCGAACAUUUUCCUCGAGACGUUGCCGUGUUUCGAUAGAAAGAUUCAUAAAAUAUCAUUCCACAGGAAACACUUCGCCGUGCUGGGGAAUACGCCCGAGGUUAAAUUUUUCAACGACAAAUCGAAAGAGAUUCAGGUGGAAAAAAGUGCCACGAAUUAUGUGCGUGAUAUUAUUUGGGGUGAAACGAAAGGUGACGACAGCACCAUUUCCUGCACACUGAUCGGAUGGGACAGCUAUGUAAAACAGCUAACACUUGGUGAGAUUGUUCAAUAAUUGCGCGCAUUUGAUUGUAAUUUAUUAAUUGAUAGAAGAAAGUACACGAGAGUGUGAAGCAGAUCGUUUGAAAAAGCUUCUAAAAAAGCUA